GAGUCUGCGUGGGUCCUCCUUUGCCCCCGCCCUUCUCUCUGGUGGCACGACGGUACGAAUGGGGGAGGGUCACAUUCCUCAGCUUGUCCCUUUCUCCAAACUGUUACCGGGAGGGCAAUUUACCUGUGUGACGGGAAGGGGUGGAGCCUGGCUCCACCUCUCUUGGACCCCAUUUAAGGGCUGACUGCCACUGAGGAGGGAUCCCUUUCAAGAGAUUAUGUCUCUUGGAGUUUUUUCUGUGAGCCUAGGACACAGCCUGCAGAUUGGGGUGAUGCCCUGCAGAAGAUCGUGGUGAUGACGAUAGUGCUGGCCAGCAAGUAGAACCUGUUUUGCGGUGGGGCCCGGGGGGACGACGGGACGCCCACAGAGAUCCGAGGUGAUGGUGGGGAACUGACUAUGGAACAUGUUCUUAAGGUACUGCUUCAGUUUUGUGAAGAUUACUUUGGCAAGUAUGCUCCGUCUAAGAAGGAUAUCCACGCAGUUAUUUCCCGGUUAGAGCGGGAGGGGGAGGUUAAAACCCCCCAUGAGAUUCUUGAUCACCGGAGGUGGGAUGAUCUCACCUCUGCGUUCGUGCAACAUAUUAUGAGUGCUCAGGAGGGCGGGUCGGAUUUAAAAACUUGGUGUCUGAUACUGGGGGCGUUGAAAGCGGCCAGAGUAGAGGGAAAGGUAUUGGUGGAGGCUCGAUACCUUUUGGGUCUCGGCAGUGGAGGCGAGACACCGGACCCGGGGGGGUCCGAUGGGGGCUCGGGAGCAGUUUCUUGCAGGAGCCGAGAGGAGACGGAGCAGCCAAUGACCGUUGGCGGGAUGGCGCCGGCUGAGCCGACCGCGCUCAGUUCAAAAGAAGACAAACAACAAGAGAGUGAAAGUUCGUUGUCUCGUCCCCCUCCCCCGUAUCCGGACCCCUCAGGCGGAAUGUUGUAUCCUUUAUCAGAAUUACGUCAGUGUUACCUGACUCAAGAGGGCGGAGGAAGCUGUGAUCUACAUGGGCAGGAUCAACUUACUGCCCACAUGGGGAGGGACCAGACAAAAGGUCCGUCCAAUGCAGACAGGGGGCAUAGCCUACCGUCUCUGGUCACUCCCAGGGGCGGUAGUGCGAGUGAUAGUGUAGAGGAGAAAGAAGGGACUGGCUUUGAGUACAGGGGGAAGGAUCAUGUGACGGACUGGAAUUGGAUUAGAUCAGAGGCUUUGGGGAAGGGUAUAGUUCCAGAGGCAUUCCUGGUGAUUGUGAGUGAUCGUGGUCCCGAAUGGGUGCCGCCUGACCCCGGGGGUGUUACGCGCCUGGUGGAAUUUAUGGAUAAAAGAGGCCUGAAAUCGCCUCUGACAUUAAAUGCACUACAAACUUUGGCUGCACUGGGGCCUCUCUUCCCCCGUGACAUCACAAACCUAAUGCGCAUGGUGCUCAGGCUGGUUCAAUAUACAUUAUGGGAGACGGACUGGAUGGCUGAGUUGGGGGGGCGUGCCGGGGCGGCAGGGGUCGGCCCGCGCCGCUCCCUGCAUGGGACCGGAAUACAGCGGCUUUCAGGGAAGGCCGUGGGAGUGGCUUCGCCCCAGGGCCAGCUAGCGAGACUAAGGCCAGGGGAGCUAAUAGCAGCCACAGAUGCAAUGGUGGCAGCGUUUAAUAAACUUGUGCAUAAGGCUGAACCAUCUGCUCCGUGCACAGAUAUUACCCAGGGCCCGAAUGAAUCCUUUCAAAGCUUUGCAGACAGGCUUUUAGCUGCUGCAGAGGGGUCUGAUCUCCUGAAACCGGCCCAAGGGCCAGUGAUCGUUGACUGCCUGCAGCAGAAAUCGCAUGACAAUGUUAAGGCAUUGCUGCGAGCCGGCCCGAGUACGCUUAAUAUCCGGGGAGAAGUUAUUCAGUAUGUCUUAGAUAAGCUCAAGGUGGCUCAUUUAACUAAUGAAGGGCUAGCCACAGCUAUUGUCGUAGCUGUUGGCCUGCAACAGCAAAGAUCGCUGCAGCAGCAAGGGCUGUGUUUCCGAUGUGGCCAGUAUGGCCAUGUUAGAGCACAGUGCCCCUGUGGGGGAGGCCAGUCAGGGCCUCCUGAUCGCAGGAAGGGCUUGCUAAAGGGUAUGCGUUGUCGGGUAUGCGGCAGUUAAACAUCAUGAAUCUGGAAAAAAAUCUGUGGGUACCAUUGCGAGAAGUAAUACCAGAUAUAAGUAACAUAUCUGCAAAAACUGAGUCUAGGUGUGAGUUUUCUACAGAAAUUCUUCGUUGGCAAACCGAAGCCAACUCUAGAACAACUGAGGGACAGACGAUGGGAUCGAGAACCACUCAUCAAGAGGAGCACUACACCUGCAAUGCUGACACUUCCGAUGUUGCUGAUGUUUAUGGUGUCCCUGGCGAUUACAGUGUGUCGCAAACAACUACAAUGGACGCAAGAACAUAUGCAGAAGAUUAAAGAAGAGCGUGAUCCCUUUGAGAGCUGACUGAUCAGACUGUUUGAGGGAACGGGUUCAUGGUUAAAGCAAUUGCUUAAAGCUCUCGCAGUAGGGUUUGCAAUCUUUGUGUCUUCCAUGCUUUGUAGGGUGCUUGCAGAAUUUCCUUCAACGACUGAUGGAAAAGACUUUUGACUAUCGUAGACUGCGUUGAAAAGUUGUAGAGGGGUUUAGGUUGUUGCGUUCAUGCUGUAACAGGGCAAGGCUUGGCCGAGCACGGGAAAGAAUUCCCUGUUGCUCUGAUGAUUGCUUAAGAAUUGUAGAAGAAAGUAGGAGGAAUAGUGUGCUGAAAUAUAUUUAGGAUUAGGCGUUUUGCGCUGCUUCGCGAUGUAUGGGUUAGGCGUGUGUGUAAGUAGUAUUUAGCUUAGGGAGGGGGAGAUGUUGUAGUAGGCGUCUUGCGGGGCUACGGGAUGUACGGGACAGGCUUCUCCCUAAGCAUAGAGAGAGAGUGCUAUCGUGCUGACCUUGAUGCAGAGAAAACAGGAGAAGAAGGAGAAUGAGAAAAGAAUGUGGAAAUGGCCAAAUAAGGCACAAUGUUAUCUGGUGUGAACCAAUCAGGGUGGGACAUGACAGCACGGUUAUGUAGGUAAAAAUGUAUAUAAGCUGUGUUUAGUAGUGAAUAGACGCCAUUUUG